AUGGUGUGGCACGACUAGAUAAAACCAAGCUGCCACACUAGUGUCUCUAGUUGCCUAAGAGGUAGACUAAACUUGAGAAAUUAUUUAUUUUCUAUUUUAAGUAUUUACUUACCUACUUUUGUCAUUUAUUUAUAUUUUAUGGAAAGUUUUUUCUAUUUCAUGCACAUUUCGAUUGAAAUGAGUAGAACUAAUUUGAAACUUGAUGAAUGAUUUUCAUUCUUCUUUUGAAUCCUCCAAAACUCAUAUGAGAUUAAGCUAAGAUCAUUUCCAACGUAUUUUUUAUUGAUUUUUAUAGUUGAAUCUUGACAUAUUCAUGUUCCUGAUGUUCCGUGAAUAACAAGUAUUUUUUUUACUUUUGAAUGUGAAAUUACUGAGAUUAAAGGCUAAUUAAUGAGCAUUCAAUAAUUAAAAUAAGUUGGAGUCAUUCACAGCUGACCUCAUAUCAUGUAUCUGAAUCCUCGAGUGCACAUCCAUUCGAGAAAAUGAGUUGACUUUAUUUCUAUCUUUUUUUAUUUUUCGUCUUAUUUCUCUCUCCCUCUCUUGUGAGACCUCUCUCCUCUCUAUGUUUCUUGUGAGAUCUCUCCCUUUCUCUCCCCCUUUCUCUCCCUCUCUCUCGAUCGAUCUCCUUCUCUUUUUCUCCCUUUUGCAAGAGAUCUCAUCCCUUUUCUCUCUCAUGAGAGCUUCCUGACGUGACUCAGUCGUUGUAUAUUAAAUCACGUAAAUAUAAAAUUUAUAAAACUAGAAAAUACAAAUUUUCAGAUAUUUAGAAGUAUUUCUAAAUAAAUAUAUCAAUUAUACUUCAAUAAAAAUUCCAAAAAUAGCAAUAAUUUUCCAGGUCAAUUGUAGGGAUGUAAUAUAAUAUCUAGUAAUUAUUCAGAAUUUUUCACAAUGAAUACGAUUUUCUAUGAAUUUUAUACUAGGAAAUAAAAAGGAAAUAUAUUUAAAAUUCACAAAAAAGGGAAAUAAGGGCGCGGACGUCAGGAUGACGUCAGCGCCAGGUGAGUGCGAAUAGGACGGAAAUAGAGUUCCGCCCAACGAUUCUUACGUAAGCAAUUACAAACGAUUUAAUUGAUCAAAUUAAGAUCUGUAAAAGUCGGAAGAAUUGUAAUAGAACAUAGUAUAUUUUGGUAAAUUAAAAACACAAAAAUUAUCACUAAAUGAAGCGUAAAGUAAAUUGAAAGUAGUAAAACAGAGUUCCGGCGUCGCAACGGCGAUGCGUCGUCAAUGCACUAGAAUCCUAAGCGUUCGGGAGGAUCGUCGUGUAGUGUCCACGGCCUCAAAGGCUCUCUUUGGAUAAAGAUGACGUGGGCAAUCUCUAGAUCUUCUUGCGAAGUCUAGAGAUCAAUGAAGUGGGUCGUCGAAUCGUCUCCAGCGGCUGUCACUCUGCGGAGCGGAAAAAUGGCUACUUUGCGGCUCUCCGGCAGUUGUCACCCAACGGAGAGGAGCUGGAUGGAGGUGGGGCGCGUGUCAGGGAGCUUCAUCCUCAGGUCCGCGCAGCAAGAGGAGGCUCUUCAUCGCAUCUGGUACGCUCUCAGGAGGUGGCGACUAGUCUCCCAGCAGAUCGUCCUCUUCCUAACGACGGCUUGUUCAUCGAUCAAUCGGAGAUGA